CCGUCACGCCGUGGGCAACAGCCGUGGCGUUGAUGCAAAACCAGAGAGCAGAUUGACACCUGCGCCGUCGACGGUUGUCCCGCCCGCCGUCUGGUUUGAGGUGGAGGUGGUUGAGUUCCCGUUUCAAGAUCUAACUUUCCGGAUUCAUGCAACUGGAGAAACUCCUCGGCAGGCUUACAGUUUUGAGGAAGGUUAGACAAUUUGAUGAGAGCCUAAACAAAAAAGCAGGCUAACACUUUUGAGGAAGGUUGGACAAUUUGAUGAGAGGCUAAAUUUGAGGAACUCAUAUUAUGAAAUUGUGCCAAAUUUGAGGAACUCAUGUUAUGAAAAUAGUAUAUUACAAAAUCUGAGGGUUUGAGUGGUGGAGUUGACAAAUUUGCCUCCGACGACAUGCCGCUCGGCCGUCGAACACUGCAUUCAUUCAGCUCAUGCCAACGAAGGAAAUCGCUCUCUGAGACUUCUAAUGAGCCAACCACUUCUCCAAGACUCUCUCGACCCGCCUCGACCAUUACCUUGCAUACACUUCUCAAAACCUCACAACCCCAUAAUCGAUCACAGCUUCGAGCAGAACUACAGAACCACAUGUGCUCUCCUCCUCUCCCAAACCCGCUCGAGGCUCCUUCCAAAAGGCCUGGCCUUGCAUGCCCACACCAUCAAGUCCGGAAUCAGUGCAGUUCCACUCGUCUGUCACCACCUCAUUAACUUCUACUCCAAGCUCCAGUGCCCAGUUGAGUCCACGAUUGUCUUUGGCGAAGCACCGGUGAAGUCACCCACCACGUGGAGCUCCGUUAUCUCUUCGCUGGCCCAGAACGAGGCCCCGUGCUUAGCUCUUCAGUAUUUUCGCGAAAUGAUACGUUCUGGUGUCAGACCCGACGAUCAUACUUUCCCGUGUGCUACGAAAUCUUCCGCCAUGCUUUCGGAUUAUAAUGUCGGGGGAAUGAUACAUUGCUUUUCUGUAAAGACAGGGUUUGAUUCAGAUGUGUUUGUUGGGAGUUCUCUGGUGGACAUGUACGCUAAGUGUGGGAAGAUAGAUAUAGCCCGGAAGGUGUUCGAUGAAAUGCCUGAGAGGAAUGUGGUUUCUUGGAGUGGGAUGAUAUGUGGGUAUGCUCUGAUAGGCGAGAAUGAUGAGGCUUUAAGGCUUUUCAAGGAAGCGGUAGUGGAAGAUUUGGAUGUCAAUGAUUUCACAUAUUCAAGUGUGAUUAGAGUAUGUGGUAGUUCCACUCUGCUCGAGUUAGGGAAGCAGAUACAUGGGUUGUGCUUGAAAACAAGCUAUGAUUCGUCGAGUUUUGUGGGAAGCUCGUUAAUAUCUUUGUACUCUAAGUGUGGACUUGUAGAAGGUGCUUAUCAAGUUUUUGAUGAGGUGCCGGUCAAGAAUUUGGGUAUGUGGAAUGCAAUGUCUAUAGCCUGUGCUCAACACGGGCACACCAAGAAAGUUUUUGACUUGUUCACACAGAUUGAAAGAGCUGGGCUGAAGCCAAAUUUUAUUACAUUUUUGUGUGUGCUCUAUGCUUGUAGCCAUGCAGGGCUAGUUCAAGAAGGGAAACACUAUUUUGGGUUGAUGAAAGAUUAUGGGAUUGAGCCGGGCGAUCAACAUUAUGCUUCGUUCGUGGACUGUCUUGGCCGAGCUGGAAAACUACAAGAGGCUUUAAAAGUUGUUGAAGAAAUGCCCAUCCAACCUACAGAAUCUGUUUGGGGAGCAUUAUUGACUGGCUGUCGCAUUCAUCGCAACACUGAAUUGGCAGCUUAUGUGGCCGAUAGGGUUUUCGAGUUAGGUCCCGUGAGCCCAGGCCUACAUGUCCUAUUAUCCAAUACUUAUGCGGCUGCUGGUAGAUACAAAGAUGCAGCCAAAGCUAGGAAGAUGCUGAGGGAACAAGGGGUGAGAAAGGAAACGGGUUUGAGUUGGGUUGAAGAGGGGAACAUGGUGCACACAUUUGCUACGGGUGAUAGGCGGCACGCGAAAUAUAAGGAGAUUUACCAAAAGUUGGAAGAAUUAGGGGAUGAAAUGGAGAGAGCUGGUUAUGUUGCAGAUACAAAUUUUGUGUUGCAACAAGUAGGUGACCAAGAGAGGAGUGAGGCGAUCAGGUAUCACAGUGAAAGAAUAGCCAUUGCUUUUGCACUCAUCACGUUUCCACCUGAAAGGCCAAUUAGAGUUAUGAAAAACUUGCGUGUUUGUGGCGAUUGUCACAAUGCUAUAAAGUUUAUGUCCAAGUGCACAGGAAGAAUAAUCAUUGUGAGAGAUAAUAAUCGAUUUCAUCGAUUUGAGAGCUGAUCAAGUUCUUAAAAGACAAUGGUAAUCUUAUUUCAACACUGCUCACCAAGGAUAUCUUGUACAUAAUGUGUUGCAGAUUAUCAACUCUCAACUCUCAACUCAACCCUGUGCAAUAGGGAAGCUCCUUUUGGAUGAUUUGGUUCAAAUUUUAGGAGAUCAAAUCAUAACAGGUUUGGUGAGGAGACAAAUUUGCCUUCAUCAGUUUAGCCUUUAAAUAUUUCCGGCUGCCGGCUGCCUUUCACCGGUAAUUUAGGAAAAUUGAAUAGUUAAGGUACUAAAUUGUUAGUUUUGAAAGUUUGAAUAGUUAAGGUACUAAAUUGUUAGUUUUGAAAGUUGUAGAUUGAAAUUAGCAGGACCCCAAUAGUUAUAGGACCAAAAGUGUAAUUAACUCGUCAAAAUUAUAAUUGAAUAAAUUGAGUUA